AUGUUACCGCCUCCAAUCAACAUUCACAAGUGGGUAAAAGAGAACGAGGACAAGUUGAAGCCACCGGUUAACAAUUUCUGUUUACACAGAGGUGGUUUUACCGUGAUGAUUGUUGGUGGUCCAAACGAAAGAAGUGAUUAUCACAUUAAUCAAACCCCAGAAUACUUUCAUCAAUACAAAGGUGCCAUGUGCUUGAAGGUUGUUGACGAAGGUGAGUUUAAGGACAUUAUUAUUAACGAAGGGGACUCCUUUUUGUUACCACCAAACGUACCUCACAACCCGUGCCGCUAUGAAAAUACCAUUGGAAUCGUAGUCGAGCAAGAUCGGCCAGAGGGAGUUAAUGAUGCCAUCAGGUGGUACUGCAGUAACUGUGAAGAAAUUAUCUAUCACAAGGAUUUUCAUUUAACUGAUUUAGGGACGCAGAUUAAGGACGCAAUAGUCGAAUUUGAUUCAAACUUGGACAACAAAACCUGCAAGAAAUGCGGGCAGGUGAACUCCUCUAAAAGGUAG